AUGUCUCAAUCAUCCUCUCAGGCCCCAGACAGCUGGAUAGGCACGUUUUGCAACUUGGUAGGACAUGAGUAUUUUGCAGAAGUCAGCGAGGAUUUCAUUGAAGAUGACUUCAACCUCACAGGGUUACAAGCACAAGUUCCCAUGUACAAGGAGGCUUUGGAGAUGAUCCUUGACGUGGAACCAUCUGAUACGAACUCGUCGGCGCUAUCCGAAGAGGAGGAAGAAGAAGAGGAGGAAGACGACGGUCUUUUGGGAGAGGAGUUGGACGAGCCUGCGCAGAACGGUGCCGCGAGACGACAAUCUGGUGUUUCUUCAACCGGUCGACGACAUGGUCGGACUUCAUCUGACACAUCCGUCAUUGAAUCGUCGGCAGAACUUCUUUACGGGUUGAUCCACGCCCGUUACAUUACUUCCAGACCGGGGAUCCAGCAAAUGAUGGAGAAGUACGAGUUGUCACACUUCGGCUUCUGUCCUCGUGUGUAUUGUGCCGGUACCAAGGUGUUGCCAGUGGGCUUGACGGACACCCCCGGUCAACAAACCGUCAAGCUAUUCUGUCCCAGUUGUCUGGAUGCCUACACACCCCCCAACUCUCGAUUCCAGGCUGUCGAUGGUGCCUUCUUCGGGACCACAUUCCCUUGCUUGUUCUUCAUGACUUAUCCGGAUCUGGACGUGGCUCCGCUAAAGAAACGCUCGGCCCGCGAUCCAGCACAAGCCAAUGAUGAUGUCGAAAGCACCCUGAGUCCAACUGAGACCAACACGACACACACUGGAAUGACCGCCAGCAGGAGUUCGAGUCUGACACUACCGCAGCCUCCAUCUAUUCCAGGCGUGACACAGGGCAAAGAUGAAAAGGCCUCCGCAGCACUCACCACGCUGCCUCCUCAACCACCGACAAUCAAUGGGAUAGCAACGCACAACCUUGCUCCAGGAUUAGGCAAGGGGAAAAUCUACGAGCCCAAGAUUUACGGAUUUCGAGUGUCCGAACGAGCCAAGACUGGGCCGAGAAUGAAAUGGCUGCGGUCGAAACCCCUGGAUAUCAACGAACUUGACGAAGCUAGACUCUGGCACGAACGUUAUGGUGGGACCGUAGACGGUGACGAUGAACCACCUGUUGCUUCCGAGGGUCAAGACAACGAAGACGCCGAGGAAGAAGGGGAGGAGGAAGGGGCUGAUCCUGACGGAGACGCCAUCAUGGCCAGCCAGAGUCAAGCCCAGAACAACACCCGAGCGAAAUCGAAACGACAGCCUGACGGCGACGGCGACGCUACCAUGACAACUCAAGCCCAGGGAACCAAGCGGGGCAAGUCGAGACGUAAGUCUACGACUACCAAGAAUCAGGGAGUGGAAGUGUCGACGCAGCAAGGGGGACAACAGCAGACAGCCAACAAUUGGAUAUGA